CCCAGCUUCAACCUGCCUCAUGCGAGAACGAACAAGGCGUCUAUCUCAUCAGCGUGUGCAGAAACAACUAUCUCCUUGUAAUUAAUGACAACCGAGUACCACCGUGUACAACAAAACCAUAUCAGGACAUUGGAAAGGAGGUGCAUACCUUAUAAAAAUACGUAAAAAUGGCCACCAACAACCCCGACUCCAAUCUGAACCAAGGCAGUUCCUCUCUUAAGCCGUCGUCGUCGUUUCUGGAGUAUUCAGGAAUAAAGGACAGCGAAAUCCCGACAGUCGACGAACGGAACUUGGUGCAUGUACUAACGACCUUCCAGAGCAAUGAGGACACGAAGGCAGCCGAUGUGAAUGCAGCCGUGGAAGAGCUCCUCAAUACGCUCUCUAACAAAUUCGCUGGUAUAUCAAGCGAGAUAUUUGCAAAGAUGGACGAGAUGUCCAGGCGACUGGAUAACCUCGAGGCCGCAUUGCUGGCAGACAAAGGAAAGGAGGGAGAUUCGAAUUCUUCCCAAAACUCUUGAAUCUGUCCAGCGGAAUAGGGUCUCGGACGGGCUCCAACCAAGUCAAAAAGCUGUUCAAACAGCUGUUCAAACAGGCCAUUUUGCUCUGGGGUCUAAGCAUAUUGCCUUGCGGCUUUUACUGGGACAACCCAGGCACACAGUGGUAAAUCAGAGUCUGCGAGU